AUCUGUUUUAAAACUUAUCAUUCGUUCGGUGACUAUGUGCUCAGUAACUCCGUUCACAAAACAAUGUUUCGCGAUCGCAAGUGUAAUCGUGAACAUGAUGUCGUAUGGCAUGUGUAUCGGGUUUAACGCAUCACUCUUCUCAGAACUGAAAAAGACCGGAGAGAUACACCUGGACAGGGAUUCUGAAUCUUGGUUGGCAUCACUCAUUGGAAUAACAACGCUUAUUGGAGCGCUACUCACAUCAUUUAUCAUAGACAGCAUCGGCCGAAGACCAGCAGUUAUUACCAGCUCGGUCCUCAUGAUCAGCGGGUGGAUCUCAUUUAGCUUAGCUUCAUCACUUUCUAUUUUAUUGGUAGCGAAAAUUUUUCAAGGAAUGUCCUUAGGUCUUGGCACAACAAUGGGAGGAGUUUUGAUUGCAGAAUACAGCAGUCCGAAAUACAGAGGGUCUUUCACGGCCACAAUCCAAACUGCUAUGCUAUCGGGGAGUCUAAUUGCUCAUUCGUUUGGAUUGUUUUACAACUGGCAUCAAAUUUCAACAAUACUAGUGUUUUUCGCUCUACUUGGAUUGUUGAUAGCUGUUUUUUCACCUGAAUCCCCAAGUUUCUUGGCAACUAAAGGACGUUAUGAUGAUUGCAGAAAAGUUUUUCGCUGGUUAAGAGGUCCAAAUGAAGAAGAUGAACUCGAAAAUAUGAUUAACACUGAUAUGGUAGUUAAAGAAACUAAAAAGGGUCGUCCAAAAAAGACUAUGUCUAAAAUAAUACAAAAAAAAUUGACGUACGUUAUCACAUCAUUCAAAAAGCGAGAAUUUCACAUUCCAGUAUUUAUAGUUAUUCACCUAAAUGCUGUAAAUCAAUUCUGUGGUUCUCUCAUCCACGACAUUUAUGCAUUUGACAUCCACAAGGCUUUAUAUGGUACCGAUAUCUACAUGUUUAAAGUGAUUGCAUCUCUGGACGUUCAAAGAAUUUUAUCAACAGUUCUAACGGUUUACUUAACGAGUAGAGUACGGAGGCGUCCAUUAUUAUUCACAUUAGUUGGAUUGAAUAUAUUGGCGUAUAUCUGUGCGGCCGGAUACAUAUACGCCAGGCGUCAUAGUCUACUUCCUUUUGAUCACAUGGCUAUAGGAGUAUUUUUACAUCAUUUCCAUUAUUUCACCAACGGAGCUGGCUCCAUGUCCUUGCCAACUAUAAUUAGUUGCGAAUUAUUUCCAACGGCAGACAAAGGAUUCUGUGGACUGAUUUGUAGUAUGGUAUUCUCAAUGUUCAUGUUUGCAAAUAUCAAAAGUGCACCGUAUUUAUUCGCCCUUAUGGGUGUAGAAGGAACAUUUUGUGCUUACGCUCUCUUACUACUUUACUCUCAGGUAAUGUUAUUUUAUAUAUUGCCAGAAACUAAAGAUAAGACCCUCCAAGAAAUCGAAGACAAAAUUAGAGGAUUUUCUUUGGCUGAUCGUGUUGAAACUUUGAAAACAGAGGAAGAUGAGCUUUUGAGUUGAGUUUGAGUUGAUGAUAAAAUGAUAAAGGGUCAAGAUGAUCAGCAUAUAUCACUACAGGAACGAUAUGUUUCGGUUAUAUUCAAAGAAGAUGAUUAAAGUUAUUAGCUGUUUGGGACGAUAAUCCCGGGUAAUAGCGGCAACCACCUACUCAUAAGGCAGUUGUUCUCAGAAUUUUUUGUAUUUACAACCAACUAUUCCACAUCAAGUUACGGCCCGUCAUAGUUUAUUAGAUAUAUUAUGGAACAUAGAAUGAAACAAGAAAUUCUUUACUCCGGAUACAUGCAACAUUUUUCAUUCGUUCAAAAUUUUCUAUUUAUUAAGCGGUCGAAAGAACGUGGCAUAUUAUCUAGGACUCAUGAGUAAUAAUAACAGUACUGCUACGUACGUAAGAAUAACGCCAUCUAUCGUAGAAUUGUAGAAACGAACAUC